UGAUUUAGUAAAAAACAAACUUUUCUUUCACCUCAUAAACCCCCAAGGGUUACAAAAUAUAGAGUUGGAGAGUUAAGGGGAACUUCAUCCCUCCUUCACCCCACUUAACUAUUUAUCCUACAAUCCAAGCAAUGUGUAGUUACUCCUCCCUCCUUAACCCGACUCACUUAACUCUUUAAAACAUCAUUCCAAGCAAACUCUAAUGGAUAAAUUAUAUAAUAUCAAAGGUGCUUCAACCAUGCAAAUUUUUAAAUUAAGCAGCCUUAUAACUAGGCUCUUGUUGAAGACUAUAAUAACUGUGAUCAGAUGCGAAAUCAGGAAGAGAAUGUGAGAGGAGCAAGUAUGUUGGCUAAGACACUGAUACCAUACAUUCUCACCUUAUUCUCAUGUGUUUCUAUUGCAGGAUUCAUUGCAGUGGCCAAGGUAGCCUUAGAAAGAGGCAUGAGCCAUUAUGUGCUUGUGGUGUAUGGACAUGCCAUUGGAUCCCUAACCACAGCUUUAUUGGCAUUUCUCUUUGAAAAGAACAACAAAAACAAAAUCACUGGACCCAUCUUGCGAGAUAUAUUUUUCUUGGGUCUUCUAGGGUCCGUGUUGGGAAGGACACUGGUAUACGCAGGACUAGAACACACAUCAGUCACACUUACUGCUGCCCUGACUAUCCUAGGUCCAUCGGCAACCUUCGUCCUGGCCUUUAUUUGCAGGUUGGAGAAAGUAGACAUCUUCAAGCGUGGUUCCCAAGCAAAAAUUGGGGGCACUAUAAUUGCCCUAGCUGGUGCUGCAACCAUCACAUUCUACCACGGACCCGUUGUUAUUUCACCUCUCAAGCCACUAUCAAACAAGAUAAGCUCCCCAAAAAUUAGACAAGGCGGUGAUUGGAUUAAGGGCUGUUUAAUGCUUCUUGUUGGAACCCUUUCAAUCUCAGGUUUUUACAUCUUGCAGACAAUAGCAAUCAAGAAGUAUCCGGCGCCAAUAACUCUCACAUCACUAACCUGCUUAUCGGGAACCAUACUCUCAGCAAUCAUGACAGUAAUUCUAGAUCACAAAGCUUCAACGUGGCGAUUGUCAUGGGAUGUUACCCUUCUUGCUCCUAUAUAUAGUGGAAUUAUAGUGUUUGGAAUCUCAAACUAUGCUCAAACAUUGGUAAUGAAAGAAAAAGGACCAGUAUUCAUGACAGCAUUUAUGCCUUUGGGAAAUAUUAUCACUGCAAUAAUUGGUCUGCUAAUCUUUGGGGAUGCAUUGCACACAGGAGAUAUGGUAGGAGCUAUAUUGAUAAUUCUUGGCUUGUAUGCAACUCUGUGGGGAAAAGAAAACGAGAAGCAGCAGCAGAAACCAUUGGAGCACACAACAGAACAAGAUGUCGAGUGCAAAUUGGAUGAGGAGGAUGACCAUAAAUGACAUCAUAGUAGUAGACAAAUGUAUACAGUUGCUAUAUUUCUUUCAGGAAUAAUAGCAUUGCUUUUUGUCAAGUAUGAAUGGCAUACCUGCUUUAUGGGGCUGCCUGUCUUCAAUGUUCAAUCCGAAAUUUCAGCCCCUCA